GGAGUACGGAAAGCGGAAGGGACAAGCAGUUCUUGCUAAUGUUUGGAAUCCUGUUUCUAGGUGGGUGUUCUGUUCCCGUCUGGGUCAGACGGUUUCUGGAGGUGAAGUCGGCUGGGUCAUGUCGGCCUUCGAGAAGCCUCAGAUCAUCGCCCACAUCCAGAAGGGCCUCAACUACACGGUGUUUGACUGUAAGUGGGUGCCCUGCAGCGCCAAAUUUGUGACCAUGGGCAACUUCGCACGGGGCACCGGCGUCAUUCAGCUGUACGAGAUCCAGCACGGGGACCUGAAGCUGCUUCGGGAGAUUGAAAAGGCCAAACCCAUUAAAUGUGGAACAUUUGGUGCCACAUCUUUACAACAGAGAUAUUUAGCUACUGGAGAUUUUGGUGGAAACCUUCACAUAUGGAAUUUGGAAGCUCCAGAGGUGCCAGUGUAUUCUGUAAAGGGCCAUAAAGAAAUUAUAAAUACCAUAGAUGGUAUUGGUGGACUAGGAAUUGGAGAAGGAGCACCCGAAAUUGUGACUGGCAGCCGAGAUGGAACUGUGAAGGUGUGGGACCCAAGGCAAAAAGAGGAUCCAGUUGCUAAUAUGGAGCCCGUACAAGGAGAAAACAAGAGAGACUGUUGGACUGUGGCAUUUGGCAAUGCUUAUAAUCAAGAGGAGCGUGUUGUUUGUGCUGGCUACGACAAUGGGGAUAUCAAACUGUUUGAUCUCAGAAAUAUGGCAUUACGGUGGGAGACAAACAUAAAAAAUGGGGUAUGUAGCUUGGAGUUUGACAGAAAAGACAUAAGUAUGAAUAAAUUAGUAGCCACAUCUCUGGAAGGAAAAUUCCAUGUUUUUGACAUGAGAACACAGCAUCCAACCAAAGGUUUUGCCUCUGUUUCAGAAAAGGCUCAUAAAUCUACUGUGUGGCAAGUCCGACACCUGCCGCAGAAUAGAGAGCUCUUUCUGACAGCUGGAGGCGCCGGUGGCCUUCACCUCUGGAAGUACGAAUACCCUAUUCAGCGGUCAAAGAAAGAUUCCGAAGGAGUAGAGAUGGGAGUUGCAGGUUCCGUCAGCCUUCUGCAGAAUGUUACGUUGUCUACCCAGCCCAUCUCUAGUUUGGACUGGAGUCCAGAUAAAAGGGGUCUCUGCAUCUGUAGUUCAUUUGACCAAAUGGUGAGAGUACUGAUUGUGACAAAACUUCAUAAAAUUUGAUCUGAAGGCUUUAGACCUGAAAUCUUCCAGAGAAACAUUCAUCAAUCUUAAGUUAUGUUCUGGAAUUCUCUGACCCUCUAUGAACAAAGUUGGAUUUGGCUGAUGAAAAAAGGACCCCAGCACAAACCUCCAGACUGGCCUCUGGCUUCUCUCUGGGUAUGUUUACUGACCUGACUGGACGCCAGCUCAUUGCUGUGCAUGGAACACCACUGUCUCCAGGGCCGGUUCUUUUCCUCUCCCUUCCAUUUCUAAUACAAUGCCAAUUGUUGUCUAUAUUUAAACAUACUUUAACUUUGCUCUGCAUCCCUGAAGCUCCAUACUUUUUCUUUAUACUUGUGUGUUGUAGUUUAGUGUUUAUAAUGUUGUGGUGGGAAUCAUCUUGUCUAGUCUAAAAUUGUUUGCCUUGGAAAAAUUACAUUUUUUUGAGAGAUUUCAGUGUCAGUAAGUUUCUCUUUCUAAUACAGGAUAUUAUUUUAUAAAAUACCAAAAUGGCACUAUUAUACUAGAUUUAGGUAACUGUUUUCAGAAUUUAACUCAUAAAAUGAAAUACUAUGGUUUACAAAGAUCUUUUAUUUUAAGUAAAAAAGGAGUAAUAAACUAAUAAAAAGGAAUUGAAUUGGUGAGACUUUUGGUUAUUGACUGGGUAAGUAUUGGUGAGAUGUACAAGGUUGUAAGGGUUUUGUAGUCUUAUUUUUUGGUCAAACCUUAUUAAUAUAUUUUAUGAAUAAACUUUUUUGAAAUCUCUGGAGGCUUUGAUUUUGUGAACUUCAAUAGUAAUAAAGUCAACACUGUCACUUCAUUUUCCUUUUUGAAUGCUUAGUAAGUGCCUCUUCACUUUUUAAAAAAAUGUUUACUAUAUCUUUAGCUAAACCUUUAGAAGUAGACUUUAAUCACACUUUUAUCAAGCCUACUGUCCCCUCCACCUCCAUUCAAGAGAACAGAGCCCCCUAAAACAUUCAUAAUACAUAAAAUGUAUGUGAUUUUUUAAGGGUUUAUAGAGAGUCCAUUUUUGGAAUAUUAAGUUCAGGAAAUUAACUGUUUUUUAGUUUUCAAUUGUUUUAUAGAACAAUGCUGUGGACAUAAUUAUAAAAGUAAAAAUUAAAUUGAACUUUAAAAAAACCUAUCCCUGCUGGGUUUUUAUUUUCAAUUUUCAAAGGAAAAAUAUGAAACUCUCCCUUAAAACACUUGUGUGUGGUAAUAUAAUUAGAUUCAAUAACAGUAAAUACAUGUGUUUCAUUAAAUCUAAGAUGCCAUUGAUUGUAAGAUUAUCUUAUACCAUUGAUGUUAUGCUGAUAGGAUGUUAUGCUGCCAAUGAAAUGCUUUUUUAGCACUUAAUAUUUGCUUGUCAUUAAUUGAAUGUUUUUAAUUUUAUUUAGACAUAGUUGUUUUCCAUUACAUAUCACUGCUGUGUAUUGUUAAAAA